AAAAAGAGAAGAAGAGGAAGAAGAAACCUGCAGACAAAAUGGAGAGAUUGGGGGAUUUACUUUGGUGGGAGAAGUUUUCAUCUACAACCAAAGCAAAGAAAGAAGAACUAAGAAUACUUUACAAUGCAUCAGACUGACUAUCCUAAUUCAACACGAUACUGGGGCACAGUAGCUUGUGAAGAUUCUCUUGGUAAUGAUGCAAGUCCUGCAGAACCAAACAAUCAAGCUUCAGUUCUCCUUGCUCGACUUAAUGAACGGGCCAGACUGAGAAAGGCUGGGAAACUUAUUUCGGAAAUUGGAUUAACUGAGGGUGAAGGUAAUUGUGUGAAACAAAAUGAGAAUCACUCUGAGGAGAGUCAUAAGAAAAGCCCUACAAAAAAGAAAAACAAAAGCAAAACAAAAGGUCAAACAGAUCAGAAUGAUGUCAGUCUUACAGCAGUUACUGAUGCAGAAGAAACCUGCAUAAAUGGUGAAGAAAGUGGUGAAGAUUCAUCCCUCAAAAAGAAGAAGAAGAAGAAGAAACAUUCAAAAGAUGUGGAGGAGGAUAUUGGGGAUAAAACACAAAUGAAUGAAGAAGUGGAGUUUAAUGCAGAUUGCCCUCAAAAAAAAGGGAAGAAGCACAAGCUCAGAACUGAAAGUAUAAACCUUGAAGCUGAUCCUCUUGAAGGUAACAGAUACAUUGAUACUAAUAACAAAAAAUCAUUUAAGCAAUCAAGUAAAAGACAAGCUGACAGCAAUACUGCUGCUUUAGGUGAGAAUAGUACAAAAGAAAGUGUGGACCCACUGAUUGACAGCAGUUUUGGAGCAUUGUCUGAAAAAGAAAAAAAAUGCAAGAGAAAAAAAACAGAAUCUGAGGAUGAUUACCAGCUUGAAGCAGGAGAUAUCGAACCAAGCACACUGUUGUCAGAAAAUAAUAAAAAGAAGAGGAAAGUCAAUGAAUGCAGUACAAAUUCUUUGAUUCAUAACAAUAAUGCAAGUGAAGAAAAUACAGAAAAUCUGACCAUGGAAAAUGGAGUUGUAAACAGUGAUGCUGAUGCUUCUCAAAAUGAAGAGGAUUUUGAGCCACCUGAUGCAAGCAAAUUGCAAACAAAACAUGAGGAAAAGAGGAGGCUGAAGAAGGAUAAGAAAAAAGAGAAGAAGAGGAAGAAGAAACACGCAAGACAAAAUGGAGAGAUUGGGGGAUUUACUUUGGUGGGAGAAGUUUCAUCUACAACCAAAGCAAAGGUUGAACGAGUAUUGCCACUUUGGAUGUCUAACCCAGUAAGGUUUGGAAGAGAUAUUCAAGGAGAAAAAGUUCCUUUGGAGUCGAUACCUGGUAUUGAUACUUCUCUCAAAAAAGUUCUUAAGAAGCGAGAAAUUGAGCAUUUCUUUCCUGUCCAGACAUGUGUUAUUCCAGAACUUUUAACCAGUGUUAGUUCUAUAUCAACAAGGUUUCGACCAAGGGACAUAUGUGUGUCUGCUCCCACUGGGAGUGGAAAGACAUUGUGUUAUGUUCUUCCUAUCAUACAAGCCUUGAGCAAUAGAAAUGUUCGAAGAAUACGAGCUCUGGUGCUUCUACCUGUCCAGGAAUUGGCAAUGCAAGUGUAUAAAGUCUUCCAGACAUAUGCUGUUAUAAAGCAGCUAAAGAUUGGGUUAGUAAGUGGUAUAAAGUUUUUCAAAGAAGAACAGCAGGCUUUGGUCCGUCAUGACUAUGCAGGCUACCAUUCACUGAUUGAUAUUCUGGUUGCUACCCCAGGAAGACUGUCUGAUCACCUGAGCUUCACCAAAGGCUUUGAUCUUUCACAUCUGAGGUACUUAGUUCUGGAUGAAGCUGACCACAUGCUAGCAACCAGUGGAGGGGAAUGGAUUAACCGGAUUGAACAGAGUAUUAAGGACCAAAAUGUAGAGAAUGGGACAAUAGGUCUUCAGGCAAUGGGAGCAGUUAAUUUUCCUAAACCUUCACUCCAUCGACUCCUGUUUUCUGCAACCUUGACAAACAAUCCAGAACAAUUAAAGCAUGUCCCACUUUAUAGGCCUAAACUUUUCACAACUUGUGAUAGUGCUCCUACCAUUUCAGUUGUGAAGAGUUCUGAAGUGACAAAGUACACUAGGCCAGCAGAACUGACUGAAGAAUUCACUGUUGUUGAAGAGUCUGUAAAGCCACUUAUCAUUCAUCACUUGAUACAAUCUAGAGGGUGGAGUAAGGUCCUGAUAUUCACUAAUUCUCUUGAAACAACACAUAAGCUGACAGUUCUGCUCAGUUUAAUUGCAAAGGAUAUGAAUGUCAAGGAAAUUUCCAAGUUCAUUAAUAAGAAGAAAAGAAAGUUUAUUGUUGCAAACUUUUUGUCUGGAGACAUAGACAUCCUUGUUGCCAGUGAUGUUAUGGCUCGUGGAUUGGAUAUACCUAAUGUUGACAAUGUAGUCAGCUAUGAUGUCACAUCCAACACUACAUACAUUCAUCGUAUUGGAAGAACUGCAAGAGCUGGAAGACCAGGAACAGCUGUUUCACUUGUUACUCUAGACAAGAUGCGCGACUUUAAAGGUAUACUCAGAAAUGGUGGACAGAAUGCAAAAGAAUUUACAGUCCCUACCAAUGAUUUGGAGCCUUAUGAGGAAAUGUAUGUUGAAGCUUUAGCAAAGAUGAAGGAUAUCCUACAUGAAGAAGGGCAGAAGAAGCAAGGAAAUACUGAGAGGGAGAAUGCACACAAGCAUAGACACUUUAUUGAAAGGAAAAACAUACAAGGAAACAAAGAUUUUUCUUCCAAGAAACCGAAUCAUGAUCAAAAUGAUAGGUACUAGUGGUGUAUGCAUAUGGUCUGAGAACACCUUUGGGCAUAUGUGCCUUCAAAUAUUGUUGGGAUGACAUACAAAAUUACGUGCUAACUAUAUCACCUUGAUUUUCUGAAAGAAUUGUAAUAAUUUUUUAUUGCUAUUAUUUAUAUUAUAUAAUAAUCAAUAUUAACCCACCUUCACCAGAAAUAUGUAGUGUUCACUCUAGUAUUGUUUUGCAAGAUGUUCUGCACAUAGAUGGCUCCACAAUUGCUUGUUCACAAAGGAGUCAACUAGUAGAUUAAGUGACAUCACCUGAUUUCGCCUGUCCUUGAGUUUGCAUGAUAUAUAUAUAU